AUGAAGUUCAGCACGAGCAUCCUCCUUCUCGGGGCCGCGGCCAUCUCGACUGCCGCGGGCAUUCCUGGCGACGACAAUAGUAUUGUAAAAAGAUCAUCAUAUACCAUCGAUGACGGGACAUCAGGGUGUACGGCGAGCGAUUAUACUGACGCGGAUACCAUCAAGAACAAACCAAACCAGAUUUGGUACGCGUGGGCCGCUUGUUCACGAGGCGACUAUAAAUUGAACAAUUAUAAUGACCACCAAGCUGGGACAAUUAUUGCUGAUCCAGAUGAUUGGGAAGGCAGCAGCGAGGUAGGUCGGUGCUGGAUUGUCGCGCAAGGGCAAAAUGACGACCACACGGACGGUUACGAUUUCCGGGCCUGGUGUGGAGACUCGCACACGCCUCCGUCGGGGAACUUGUCGGCUUCUUACGAGUGUCUUUCGCCCAACAGCGGUCAUGAACCCAAGGCUACUUUUGGGGGUUGCUGGACGGAGGACCUUCCGACAUCCGGCUAA